AUGAAUAAGGCCCCCAAUGCCGAUCAUAGCGAGUCUGCCGUUCAUAAUUUCGUUGACCUGGUACUUCUUGAAGGUAGUUGCAUCCUUUCCAAGUCCGAGAGGAUCGAAGCCGAAAUUGCCUGGUUCGUUCUUGCCCUCGACAGUUUGCUUGAGGGCGUAGCAGCUGAUGCCCUCGAACACAGCGAUGAAGAGAAGGAUCUGGCUCAUGCCCCCGGUGGUGAUGAAGUAGUUGUGAGCUUCGACGGGAAGUAUGUGAGGGAAAUAGGAGUUGGGAAAAGUCCAGAGUUCUUGAACGAGCAUGCCAAGGCAGGCGAGCAUACAGAUGCGGCCGUGUUUGAUUUCGGCGGCCUGGAGGAAGCGGACAUUGAUAUAAUCCGAGAUGAGAAGGGGGUCAAACUCGAAAGAAGCGGGGAGUCCUUCGAGAUUCUUCGGCUUGAGUAA